GGUGUUGUUCAAACAAAUAAUAUGGUUAAUUCGUUACAAUCAUGUAAUCGAUGUAAGCAACCAGACAUAGUAAAAAUAAAACUCGAAAAACUUUGUUUUACACAACUAUUCUAUGGUUUCAUAAUUAAUAUUGUUUCCAUUACAGCUAACCGAAGAAGUGCUGUUGAACGUCUUGAAGAAACCAAAGCCAAUUACGUAAAAACCGAAAGAGUUUUAGAUUGUAAGCAAAAUUUUGAGCACAGUUCAAAUUUACGUGUCAGCAGUACAAGACCAGAUGUUCUUCUCAAAGGUCGAAUCAAAAACUGCCAAAAUAUUAUUAGAUACGUUAAUACCAUCAGCGUGACAGAUAAUGUGUCUUCUUUUACCAGUGAGCUUGUUCCAAGAUCUUCCACCAACCUUGAAUCCAGAUUUUCUCUUGAAAAAAGGUUAACUACUGCCCUUCAGGUUGAUGAACAACCUGUUAAAUACGAAAGACCAGAAACAAGUGUUGUUUUUCGUCACGAUUCUCAUCAAACGCAAUAUAAACCAACAUCACGUGAUCGGCAAACUCGAUCUCAAACAUUUAGUUGUGGUGCUACCUGUUUCAACGUAAAUGACAAUACCUCCGUUCAAGACGCUUAUACUAGUCACUACAGUGUUGAAGAUGAAAGAAACUUCAGAUAUUCACAGCGGACUGAAGAAAGGACUGAACAUUCAGAUGUCGAGCAGUAUUCACUUGAACCAUCUGAUGAUUCAGUCACUGCUGAUGAGGAUUUGGUAGAUUUUGAAGAAAAGAAACAAAGCUCAAGGACUUCAGAUUACGUAAGCAGAAGCUCAUCAUUUAAAUGUUCGAUUUCAUCUGACAGGGUGAAGAAUUUGGUGAAGAGUUUUGAAUCGAAAAUAAGCCACGUUGUCCCAUCUCCAAUAAACUUAACGACUGUGCAAGAAAAAAUAAAACCAGUCACUCGCUCAAAAUCAGAUGUUGGCUGUCGUCUUUCUAGAAAUUUCAGCGUCGCUCCUGAAGCAUCAGAUAGUGACGAAGAACUUAAUAAAUUUUUCAACACCAUGGGACUUGAUAGCAUAGUUUUUCAUAAUCUAACAGCCCCACCAAAAAGUCCAGUUCUUUUUUUCGACAGUGUAAGCUCAGUGAAUAGUGAUGAUCAUUUAUCUAGUGCAGAAAGUGAGGACUCAGCUUUAGAAGUUCAGAGAGAAGGUUUAACAAACAGUGACCUACGUAAACAUGGACCAACUGAAACAUCUAUUGUUGAAAAAAAUGCCAGAGUUGUGAAGUGGCUUUAUAACUGCAAUAAUGCUUUUAAAAAAUCUGCAAAUUAUGAUGGGUGAAGAGAAUGACCAAGUUGCUGACCAAGUUGUUGACUUGACGAUUGGGAAGAUCAUUUACAUAGCUUAUAAGAACUUUUUUACUUCUAGCUUAGUUUUUAAGGAGAUGGUUCAGCUUUUAAAUAUCUUGUUCGUGCGCAUAGUAUUAUUUUUGAAAAUCGAUUUCUUUGUUAGUGUGAA